ACAGGCUGAGUGGUUGUCGUUGAUAGCUGAUCCCCUGACUUUGACACUCAAUAAACCUUUCUGUGUAUGGCAGAGAUAGUCGGAUGAUGAUUUACCCCCCAGGCCUGCUGCAGUAUUUACUUUAACAUGUUUUGAUGAUCAUCUGUUACGCCAUGUGACCUUAUGGCUAAUUAUCCUUUACCUAAACAGUCCACACGGUGUCGUCAAACCACCUUGGAACCAUAUAGUAAUGAUACCACACACAACCCCUCACAAUAACAUAGUAAUGAUACCACACACAACCCCUCACAAUACCAUAGUAAUGAUACCACAUCCAAUCACAAUACCAUAAUAAUGAUACCACACACAACCCCUCACAAUAACAUAGUAAUGAUACCACACACAACCCCUCACAAUACCAUAGUAAUGAUACCACACACAACCCCUCACAAUACCAUAGUAAUGAUACCACACACAACCCCUCACAAUAACAUAGUAAUGAUACCACACACAACCCCUCACAAUACCAUAGUAAUGAUACCACACACAACCCCUCACAAUACCAUAGUAAUGAUACCACACACAACCCCUCACAAUACCAUAGUAAUGAUACCACACACAACCCCUCACAAUACCAUAGUAAUGAUACCACACACAACCCCUCACAAUACCAUAGUAAUGAUACCACACACAACCCCUCACAAUACCAUAGUAAUGAUACCACACACAACCCCUCACAAUACCAUAGUAAUGAUACCACACACAACCCCUCACAAUACCAUAGUAAUGAUACCACACACAACCCCUCACAAUACCAUAGUAAUGAUACCACACACAACCCCUCACAAUACCAUAGUAAUGAUACCACACACAACCCCUCACAAUACCAUAGUAAUGAUACCACACACAACCCCUCACAAUACCAUAGUAAUGAUACCACACACAACCCCUCACAAUACCAUAGUAAUGAUACCACACACAACCCCUCACAAUACCAUAGUAAUGAUACCACACACAACCCCUCACAAUACCAUAGUAAUGAUACCACACACAACCCCUCACAAUACCAUAGUAAUGAUACCACACACAACCCCUCACAAUACCAUAGUAAUGAUACCACACACAACCCCUCACAAUACCAUAGUAAUGAUACCACACACAACCCCUCACAAUACCAUAGUAAUGAUACCACACACAACCCCUCACAAUACCAUAGUAAUGAUACCACACACAACCCCUCACAAUACCAUAGUAAUGAUACCACACACAACCCCUCACAAUACCAUAGUAAUGAUACCACACACAACCCCUCACAAUACCAUAGUAAUGAUACCACACACAACCCCUCACAAUACCAUAGUAAUGAUACCACACACAACCCCUCACAAUACCAUAGUAAUGAUACCACACACAACCCCUCACAAUACCAUAGUAAUGAUACCACACACAACCCCUCACAAUACCAUAGUAAUGAUACCACACACAACCCCUCACAAUACCAUAGUAAUGAUACCACACACAACCCCUCACAAUACCAUAGUAAUGAUACCACACACAACCCCUCACAAUACCAUAGUAAUGAUACCACACACAACCCCUCACAAUACCAUAGUAAUGAUACCACACACAACCCCUCACAAUACCAUAGUAAUGAUACCACACACAACCCCUCACAAUACCAUAGUAAUGAUACCACACACAACCCCUCACAAUACCAUAGUAAUGAUACCACACACAACCCCUCACAAUACCAUAGUAAUGAUACCACACACAACCCCUCACAAUACCAUAGUAAUGAUACCACACACAACCCCUCACAAUACCAUAGUAAUGAUACCACACACAACCCCUCACAAUACCAUAGUAAUGAUACCACACACAACCCCUCACAAUACCAUAGUAAUGAUACCACAACCCCUCACAAUAAUACCAUAGUAAUGAUACCACACACAACCCCUCACAAUACCAUAGUAAUGAUACCACAACCAAUCACAAUACCAUAGUAAUGAUACCACAGCCCCUCACAAUACCAAAGUAAUGAUACCACACACAACCCCUCACAAUACUAUAGUAAUGAUACCACAACCCCUCACAAUACCAUAGUAAUGUUACCACACACAACCCCUCACAAUACCAUAGUAAUGAUACCACAACCCCUCACAAAAUGUUGUUUUACUCCUUAACUUUUUUCAAAAGGAGAACCUGGAACCACAUGACAAAAGAAAUGUCUGAAAGAUCUUCAAAGUGAUAUCUACUUGACAAAAUAACAGUGCAAAAUACCAGUUUAUCACCUAAUGGGGAAUGGUGAUGUCAAAAAAUAA